AGAUUUUGCGAAAACCACUUUGUUAUCGAGACUUCCUCGUAUGUUAGAGGAUAUGAAUUUGGGAUGGAUACAUCUUUACGGUUUCAUUCCUCUUGUGAAUAAAAAGAACAAUUUCUGGUUCUGCUUACUACGAAUACAUUACGCACUAGACCAAUUCUAAUCUGGUAUUUUUUUGAAGUACACAUUUAUACAAGAUGCGGGUAUUCUAGACUACAGAAGGAUCUAUUGGUGAUAGUUUGGCUAGGAUAGAGUAAGCAUUUCAAUUCCUUAUUGUCCGAAUUCGAGUAUUAUAUUGCUGCUCUUUGACAUGAGCGCGACGACAGUUUCGAACUCCAGCCUAACUAAUCAUAUUGACAGCUCAGAAAAAUCCACUAUUGAUUUGCUCUCUCUCGAUGCUAGAAAACAAAAGGCCGCUGAGCUUGUUCGGCGCCAAAAUAUCCAGCUCGACCGUCAUGGGACGUUGUCAGGAACUUCAUCUAGCAUCUCUUCUUCACAUACUCCAGCUGAUAAAAAAAACGAUUUGCCUUUUAAAAAUCAAACAUUUUCUGGAGCUCCAGACCCUAAUCUAGGGACGACUGUUGACAAGCUACUGCAACAGUUUUAUCGACAGCAAAACCUGCCAUAUAGCAACAAUUCAGUGAGCAAUUCGUCAACUUCAAGCUCGCUAGACAAUGUUCAAUUAUUGGCUCAAAAUGCCACAAAUACUUCUGAAAAUCAACGGUUACCCGUAAAUAAGCAUACACAACCACCUUCACUACACGUACCACCUUUUCAAUAUCAAGAACCUCCACCGCCUUCUUCUGAGAAUCAGUAUCAGCCGAAUGUCUAUCAUCCUUCGUCUCACCAGAGACAGUACUCAGAUUCAUUUUCUGUGUACCAUCAAUCACCUUCUCAAUUUCUGCAGGCAGACAUGUCCAAUCCGCCGGUAUUCGCCGUUCCAACACGCGGAGAAGAAGUCAAACAUAACUCAACGAUGACUGACAAUGUAUAUCCAACAGCAAUUGAUAUGUACAUUGCCGCAGAUCAAGCCAACGGUCGCAAGCGAGACAGGGAGUCGGCCAAUAUGACCGAUACAGACUCUUAUGAAGAAAAGGAGUUCAAGAUUGCUAAAAAGCUCGAAAUUGCGCGGCGUAAAAUCGAUCAACUGGAGUCUAGAUCUGAAAAUGCCAAUUCUGAAAUUUAUUCAUUAUUCAACGAUCUUCAAGGUCUCUCGGCCGAUUUCAACAUUGAGUUCAGUACCCCGGAAAUUGUCGUCGUUGGCAUGCAAUCUGAUGGCAAAAGUAGCUUUAUCGAGGGCUUGCUUGGUUUUCAAUUCAAUGUGGUAGACACAAGCAUUGGAACGAGGCGUCCCCUUAUUAUUCAAAUGAUCAACGAUCCAGAACACCAUGAACCCUGCUGUAAGUUUCGCAAAGAAGAGUUGGCACUUCUGUCUCCAACGGAAGAUGCAUUCGAAGACCAGGAGACGCCAACAUCCGAGUUAAGUGCUGAAAUUAUGCGUCGAACAAAUUCUAAGGCAGGAAGUCUGAACGAUCGCGUCAGCGAUGUGCCAAUCAUACUUCGAGUUCGUUACAAAAGUUGUGCCAAUUUAACAAUAUUUGAUACUCCUGGAUUUCGCCUUGGAGGCAGCGAGACCUUGCGCUCAGACAUUGAAGAUAUAGUCAUGCGCAUUGCAUCUCCAAAGCAUCGGAUUAUCAUCUGUUUAGAUCAAUCUACUGUAGAAUGGGUUAACACCGCUUCUCGUCCCCUUAUUUCACGAAUUGAUCCAGACUUUGAGAGGACCUUGAUCGUUAACACAAAAUUUGACAACCGCGUCAAGGAACUUCGAGAUUCUGCCAGUGCCAAUAAGUACCUUCGAGGCGAGGGUCUGCCACAAUCUAAACGCCCCUUUUUCAUUUCGAUGCCCGUUCGUCGGAAUUUGAGUCCAGCUCAAUUUAAAGCUGAGAUGCGCGAGUGCUAUCUUCAGGACCUUCGAACUCUCCUUACUGUCGGAUUUGACGAAGAGUAUUUCGAGCGGCAAAUUGGUAUGUUCUAUCUAAAAGCACACCUCGAGAAGCUUGUAUAUUCUAGAUAUUUGUCUAGCCUCGCGCCGACGUUGAGUAAACUGGACCUGAUUAUUGAAAAGACCAAAUCGGAAAUGUUGGCUGUGGAAAGGGAGCUGGAAGAUGCCGACAUAGAUAAACACAGGCGGCGUAUUUGGCAUUUUAUUCAGCGUUUCUCGAAUUUGAUUGACAAGCUCUUGCAUGGAAGUGUGGUAGGAAAUCCAGAGUUCUACGGCCAGACCUUGCGCCAAGAAAAAAUGUGUUCUUCUAUUUUGACGUGGCCCUCUAGUAAGAUUCAUUGGGAAAAUCUAGAUGUUUCCAAAUCACCAUCUGCAUCGGAAGCUAAUCGUCACAUGGAGUCUUCCGCUAUAUGUGCCGAUAUAUCAUCUAGAAAUGGUACAGCACAGGAGUGUUCUGCCAUAGCUGCAUCGAAUUUGCCAAACACUGAAGUCACGGUCGAAGAAAAAGUCGAGUUUGAAAUUCCCAACAGCCAUCUUUCGCUUUAUGGAGGCGCUCAAUUUAACCGUCUGCUUGUUGAAUUUGAGUUCGUUACGCAUUCACUAGAGCUGCCCAUAGCGUCGAUAGACGAAGUGGCAUCAGCUCUUGGUAUGAGCAAGAACCAUAAUAUGCCUAAUACCAUAGAUGCAGCGAGCGACAUUGCACGUGCCAAAUCCAAGAUGGCUCUUUUCCCAAUUGUCCAAGUUGUCUUGCGUCGCGCCAAUUACAUCUUGUCUCGAAUGUUUGAUAUCACUUUCAACGUUGUCAUCAACGAGCAAGACGAUGUUCUGGAUAGCCUUCGUGUCUUAGGCGACUAUCCAGACUUCAAACGCGAAGUUCGUAUGGUCUACGAUCAAUUCCUCUCAACGUUGAUACAAAAGUGUGAGCAACUGAUGCGAUCUGACAUUAACAAAUUAACGAUCAUUGUCGACUGGGAUCUGAUGUCGGGCGUGCAGGAACUGACGAAAGACUAUAAUUAUUUGAAUCCUUCUCCAUCAGAAACCAAAGAACGCGUCUGCAAAAUGAUGAUGACCCCGCCGCGUUUCAGUAACAUAGUGGAUACUCGCUCGAAUCCUCCGAGCUCUUUUUGCUACCGUGAAAUGACAGACAGUCAGUACCAGCUAACCUUGGAAAUGGCUGCAAAGCUGUUUGCUGGCAUUCGUUUUUUCUUUGUCAAACACGCACGUGCCAAUUUAAACGCCUUUUUACUAGAGCCCAUGUUUAGUCAGAUCCUUCCCAAACUCAUGGAUCAUUUCUCGAGUCUCUCCGAUGCCAAGUUCGAAAGCCUUUUCAAUUUGGGUGCAGAUUUAUUGAAGCAACGUCACCUAACGCUUUCGCAUCAACUAGAGAAAAUUCAAGCAAGCCGCAAAAAUUUUGAAAAACUGUUGAGCCAUCUGAAGCUGACAUCCGAUGGAAUGAUGUCUAUGAAUUUUUAAAAAAAAAAAUCAUUAUGUGUCAAACCGGUGUUGUAUGCUUCCGUGAAACAGGGGCAUGUCUCGGCGAUGGAUUCAAAUUACGAUAGCUCACACGAACAGACGAUGCAAUCGGGCGUUUUGGGUCUUCAAAGAUGGAUAGCAGAUGAAACAGAAAUGAGCGAGGAGAUGCGUGAAAGUGAGUGGAACUAUAUUAAGCAACAAAGCGACUUGAUUGUUCAACGCUUCAUCUAUACGGCCGGAAAACCAUUCUUUGCUGCCUUAGGUAUUAUAGGUCUGGGUAUCGGAUUCUGCACAGGGUAUCACCAUUCACGUCCAAAGCAUGUUCGUGAGCAGCCUAUACCUGUUGACGCCCUUCGUUUAGCCCUAAAGGCCCUGGGUGGUGGUACAGCACUUUGUCUUGGUGUAUCUGGUCUACUCAGCUACUCCUUGAUACGGUGCAUGGAUAUUCACUCUGUCAGUGAGUUCCAUCUCCGCAUGAGACAAGCCCUCGCCUUUCUCAGUCCUGAGUCUUCUACUCAAAGAUCUCUUCAAUCUGUCUCGCAGAUUAUGGAGCCUUCUAUCUCCAUUGAGGAUGAGCUCAUAGAUUUCAAAGCUCAGCCCCCCGAGGAUUCAAUUCUGUGAAAAAAACACGUGGAUCUGAUUCCUCAAUUCUUGAACGAGCGCCGUCAAAACUCAUUUUGGAAAUGUUCAAACGGAAUUUUCUUCGAGAACACAAAGCGUAAAGCUACCGCUCAACGGGGCCUGACAGUCGCCGCGUCGAUUUUGGCACGUUUUAGCCUGCUUCUGUUGUACCCGGUUUUUUCAGAGAUAAUAAAAAGCGCCGUACCAACUUUCCUGUCUUGUCCUUAUAGUGCAGCCCCUUCAACGAUUUCAACCACAUCCUGAACUAGUGCGAGUGCUUCGUGAAGCAUUGAUAGUUGAGGGAACAUAGUUGAGCCAUUUAGGAAUUUGCAAAGCAUUUCUAAUUAUGUACAAGAAAUUUACCUAAAUCUAGUUUGCUGUUUUGUGACUCGGCCUUUCAUCGAAGAAGCGUCCGCGAAUGGCCGAUUUCUCAGAUUGCACGCACAUGCAAUAGAGACGCAUUGGAGUUGCGUCUAGCGGGGGCACUUGCUAUCAAAUUCUACACAAGUGGAAGCGUUGCGCAUGCGUUAAAGAUGUAUUUGCGGCACAUGCGACUGGAAUGGGUAGGCGCUCGAGGCGGUGAAAAAAGGCCUACGUUCCAGCGGAGUUGAAGCUCCCUUCUUCGCUCUCCGAGUCGUGAUUGGUUAGCCUGGACCUGAAUAGUUUGGGGAGGUAGAGGGCGAGCAAAGUGAGUAUGGUCACGAAUCCGACACCGAGAGACUCUAUCCAGAAGACCAUGUCGUCGUUUAGGUUGUAAAUGCUCAUUUCUGUGGUCGCGACGAGGAUGAGAAUGAAUGCGGCGUUGUAGAUGCAGAUAGCCAUCCACUUGCUUUCCAAGACCAGGUAUUUCAUGUCCCAGGUGUUGUAGACGACGUAAAGACCGAAGGAGAGGAGUAGACACAAGUAGGCGAGGUUGAUGAGACUCCAGGCGAGUUGGUAGUCGGAGGUGCAGAAGUAUUCGAAGGUUCUUCCGACUUCUUCGAUUUUGUCCAUUUUUGGAUGGAAAGGGUCUAUGGCCGACCAGAGGAUCAUGAUGAGCAGUUCUAGCCCGAUUAAUCCCGAGAAGGACAGGGCCAUGUUUAUGAUUCCUUUAGCCUUGCUUUUUUUGGUCGUGAGGAUCCUUGAUUUUCGGCCGAUGGCGUGAAUGGCUCGAAUCUGGAACGCUCGAACGAAUACGGCCGUGAACAUGAAACUGAGUCCGAGCCUGCUCAGCCAGACUCUCGCUUGACAAAUCCACAUGCUUGUGGGUAUUUUGUAGUAGAAAACCAGGGAUACGAGGUUCGACGUGGCGCCCAGGAGUAGAAAUAUGAUGAACACGAUUGCGGGGAGUGGAAUUGACCUGAAUUCCUUGGCGACGUAUGCGACUACGACUCCUAGUGAAAUGACGCCGAGGAUUAGCGUGAUCAGAAAUCCGGCGAGAAAUGCUCCGCGAGGCGUGUGUUGUUCUCGGGGAAGGAGUCCUGCCGCUGGAAGCCCGUUGGAGCACGUGACGUUGUUUCGUAUCAGCUCGAGUACGUCGUCGUUGAUUGAGUCUUUCAUUUUCGUGAUGCCCAGCAGGUCAAGGUAGGAUCGCGUUUUGGCCUCGCUGUAGACCCAAUUCCAGAAUAACAUCAGCUCCCUUCGUCCGCUGCAAGUGCUGAGCGGUUCGGUGUAUUUCGAGAAGACGGUGAAGAUGACGCCCCCUAUUGGCCACGUUCCAGCGAGGUUGUACAAGGCGAAGUCCGUGUGUUCUUCGAAAAAGCUGUAGUCGUUGAUGGAGUCCAUCAGCGCCGUGUAGUUGGAGCUUGAGCCCUCGAGGAACUCCUCGGAGCCGGCGCCGUCCCGCAAGUUGACGAAGUGAGUGAACUCUCUCAGCUCCAGAGUUGCGGCGAAACCCGUAUAAGAAAUCGAUCCGGGGACCGUCAGGACGGUCGAGUCUAUGCCGUUGUAAUACUCUGUCUUGAUGAUGAGGCUCCCGCCAUUUUCGUACAGUUCUUGCGGGAAGGUGUACCUCGGCUCGGUUCCAAACUUCUCACUCCACACGCCCACCUUGCUGAAGGCCGACGUCAGGUAGUAGUUCUCAGAACAAUUAUCCGUUCUGAUUAUCAAUCUGAUGUCUGCGUCUUCGAGGCCGUCGUCGCCGUAUUCCGGCAAGAAGUAGGACCACUUGGUGAUCUGUAUUUGAAAGAACGCGCAGUCAGUGUUUGGUGCUCCCUGGGCGCAGAGAGCACAUCUGUCUUGCUUUUUCGGUGGGUACACUGCUACACACGGCUACACAUAACAUAUAACACAACAGAGAUGUGUGCGCACAUUACGCAUGAAAAUCUUGGCGACGUCCUCGAUCGUCAAGUUCAAGACCAUGGACACGCUGCUUUUUUUGUUGGACUCUCUCGGGGGAUUGUAGAUCACCGACAACGGCACUAGGAAGCUCGCCACCUGCGUGAUGUCUUCUGAGUCCUUGACGAAGUGCUCUGUCAUGGCGCAAUCUAUCUCACCGUUCCUCACCUUGUUGAUCGCGUCUUCUGUACUCAUCGUCCUGUAUGUCACGCUGGUGUUCGGCCUGUAUAUCGUGUACGUGAACGCGUAGUUGACUUGAGUGGAAUUGGUGAGGGACCAGGAAACACUCUCUGCUGGGCUCUUUGUCUCUCCUCGAGCGCGAACGGCCCCCGCUCGUGCGCUCGCUCACGUACCCAUCAGCGACUGAGUCAGAGUACUUCCGGCACAUUCGUACGAGCUCCUUGUGACGUCCGCCGCCAUGCCUAAAGGUUCCCCCAUACGCGGGUUCGAGAAGGGGUCAAAUCGACGUCAGUGCCCGGUCUGUCACGCUCUCCGCUCGCACCGGGGCCAGCGGGAUACGCCACCCCGCACACGUACAAACACAUGCCAUUAGCACAUACGCCAACAGGCCUACGAGCGUCGAGGACCGAGAAAGAUUCAUGUUCAGAACUCAAUAUCAGUCAAUCAAUGCACUCGAUCAGUGAUCGAAGAAUUGUAUCCCUAAACUCGUUAGAUAAUCUGAUGUAGGGGGGGACAGGUGCUCAAAAUGACGUUUUCAGGAGCUAACCUUACUUUACAUAGCACAACUUAA